CCAACAAUAGGAGAUCUGAGGAUUGUUAUGUUGGGAAUGACUGGAGCUGGAAAGAGCGCAACUGGAAACACCAUCCUGGGCAAAGAUGAGUUUAAAGUGGACUUUAGUCCAGAGUCAGUUACUCAACAGUCAGAGAAAAAAGAGAUAAAAAGGGGUAGCAGGAUCAUCUCAGUAAUCGACACUCCAGGCCUCCAGGAUACAUCAGCAAAAGAAAAUGAAGUGAAUGCUGAAAUAAAAAAAUGUAUGGAAAUGUCUGACCCUGGCCCUAAUGUGUUUCUGCUGGUCUUCAGACUGGAUGUGAAAUUCACAGAUGAAGUGAAAAACACGGUCAAGUGGAUUCAGGAGAACUUUGGAGAAGAAGCUGCACGUCACACAAUCAUUCUGUUCACUCACGCUGAUCAGCUGAAUGAAUCGUACGGACUGCAGGAUCAUAUAGAGGAGAGUCCAGAUCUGCGCCAGUUUAUUAUGAGCUGUGGUGGCAGAUUUCAUGCAUUCAACAAUGAAGACAAACAGAAUCGGGAUCAAGUAAACGAGCUGCUGGAUAAGAUGGAUGAAAUGGUGCUUAAAAAUGAAGGGAAGCACUACAGUACUGAGAUGUUUAAAGAAGUCCAGAAAAGGAGAGGGGACAGAGAAAAACAGAGAAGGGCAGAGCAGGACAGAGAAAGAUGGGAAAGGGGAAUUAAAAUUUCUUUGGGGGUUCUUUGUGUUAUAGUCUCAGUUGUAGUAGUAAAGAAAAAAAUUAAAUCAUCUGCAGAAUAA